CAGCACCCCACACCGAUGGGGCGGGCGGGCAGGGUGUGUGCCAGGCUCCAUGGGCUCAGCACUGGUGGUGCUGGAUCCAGCGGCUCUGCCAUCUCACUGCUGUUCUUGCCCCCCCCCAAUGCCCAGGGACAAAACCCCUUUGACCUGGAGUUCGACCAAUCCAACCACCUGGAGCCUGUCUUCAACUUCGAGUGCCCGCCCCGUCCCGACAUGCCUUCGAGUCAACCCAUUGAUAUCCCUGACGCCAAGAAAAGGAACAAGAAGAAGAAGCGCUGCAGAGCGACCGACAGCUUCUCCGGCAGGUUCGAAGAUGUUUACCAGCUGCAGGAGGAGGUGCUGGGAGAAGGGGCCCACGCCAGAGUCCAGUCCUGUGUGAACCUCAUCACCAACAAGGAGUACGCGGUGAAGAUCAUAGAGAAACGCCUGGGACACAUCCGCAGCAGGGUCUUCAGGGAGGUGGAGAUGCUGUAUCAGUGCCAGGGACACAGGAACGUCCUGGAGCUCAUCGAGUUCUUUGAGGAAGAGGAGAGGUUUUACCUGGUGUUUGAGAAGAUGAGAGGAGGCUCCAUCCUGACCCACAUCCACCGGCGACGCCACUUCAACGAGCUGGAGGCCAGCGUGGUGGUGCGGGACAUCGCCAGCGCCCUGCACUUUUUGCACAACAAAGGAAUUGCACACAGGGAUCUAAAACCGGAAAAUAUUCUGUGUGAGAGCCUGGACCACGUCUCCCCAGUGAAGAUCUGUGACUUUGACCUGGGAAGUGGCAUCAAACUCAACGGCGACUGCUCCCCCAUCUCCACCCCGGAGCUGCUCACCCCGUGUGGCUCUGCCGAAUACAUGGCCCCAGAAGUGGUGGAAGCCUUCAACGAGGAGGCGUCCAUCUACGACAAGCGCUGCGACUUGUGGAGCCUGGGGGUCAUCCUGUACAUCAUGCUGAGCGGGUACCCCCCCUUCGUGGGUCACUGCGGCUCCGACUGCGGCUGGGACCGGGGCGAGGCGUGCCACACGUGCCAGAACAUGCUCUUCGAAAGCAUCCAGGAGGGGAAGUACGAGUUUCCCGACAAGGACUGGGCGCACAUCUCCUUCGGAGCCAAAGAUCUCAUUUCCAAGCUGUUGGUGAGAGAUGCCAAGAAGCGGCUCAGCGCAGCCCAGGUCCUGGAGCACCCCUGGGUGCAGGGGUGCGCCCCGGAUAACACCCUGCCGACCCCCAUCAUCCUGCAGAGGAACAGCAGUGCCAAAGAGCUCACCUCCUUUGCUGCCGAGGCCAUGGCCGUCAAUCGCCAGCUGACGCGGCGCGAUGAGGAUGAGGAGGAUGAGGCGGAGGAGGAAGCACGACCCAUCAUCAUCAAAGCUACCUCACGGGCCAUGCAGCUCUCCCCCCCCUCCGAGUCCAAGCUGGCCAAGCGGCGGCAGAAGAGCAGCCUGGCCAAGGCAGUGGCCACCGGGCAGCACCUCGUGGCCCCACUGGUCCUGGUGGCCGACCAAGCCUGAGCUGUGCCCCACACUCCUGCUGUCCCCGUGUCGUCCCCUUCCUCCCCCUUUGUUCUUUCUCUCCCCCCCACCCCAAGCCCCACCGUUUCUGGCUGGUGACAAGAUCAGGACUCGUCCCUAUGGCUGGUUUCCAAGGUUGUGCUGAUCUUGUAGGUCGGGGGUGGGAGGCUUUGUUCAAGAUGUUUUUCUUCUGUUAAGGUAUUAAACCGAGCAUGAGGUUGCUUCACCCAGGGCACGCUCAAGGACAUCUGACAGACACACGGACUUUUGUUUCCCGACUCCUGGCUUCUCCGCUGACAUUUCCCCCCCUCUCCCCAUCCCGACGCCAAAGGACUCUUUGUACCCGCGGCUGCUUUGACGAUCUCAGCUCGUUUCAUACUGUGAACACAAGACCCUCGCUCGCGCUUUCAGCAGCGGCAGUUGUGUGUGAGCCUCCUCCCUCCCCUCGGAGCUGCAGGGCUGUCCCCCACGUCAGGGUGGAUCCCACAGGACCCCCAUCCUGGGUGCUGGGAGCGCUGUGAUCCGGGGGGAUGUGAUGGGUGUUGUGCAGGGGAUUGCUUGGGCCGGAGGGGGGAUUGGUGCCAGCGAGGGAGCAGCUCCGCAUCCCACCGAGCCCCGCUCUCUGCUCAGCAACCUGCUUCCAGAAUAAGCUAUUCACCCCCUUGUCCUUCCUUCUCCCCUUUAGUUGUUGUUGGUUUUAAACUGCUAAGCUGUGCUUCUCUACAGGGCACAGGGAAUUGUCUUCCUUUGCUCCCGUGCUCUGGAUGGUGGCUCCUGGGGGUAAGGUCAGAGCCAGGGGGAUGCACGAGCAUUGGGCCAUGCUCUUGUGCCGGGUUGGGUGUUGUGUCCCUGGUUUUGGAAGGGCUGUUUGCCAGUGGAUGUGCUCUUAGGGAGGUGCAGAGGGAAUGAGGUCUGCAUUUGGGGCUGGAGCAGCCCCAAAAUACCCCUCUGGGCAUAGCAGAUGCUCCAUGGAAAGCAAAGGACACCCUUUAAAGAGCUUCGGGCUGGCCCUGAGGUUGCCGUUGCAGGAGGGGCUGGGGGUGCUGAGCACCCCAAAGUGCUGUGCCGAGGGGUGAGCGGCUGAGCUGGCGGCAGCACCCAUAGGCUACAGUGUAGGGUGCAGCCAGGGGGAGCUUGGGAUGUGGGGCUGGAGGGUUUGGGGUCGGCAGCAGCACCAGGGCAGUGCAGGGUGUGAUGGGCGGCCAGGGAGAGCUGAGCAUGCUGAUGUGUGUCCAUGUUCAUGUGUGUCCACGUUCAUGUGUGUCCACGUGUCCAUGUCCAUGUGUGUCCACACGUCUGCAUGCGUGGCGCUGCCUUUUGCUCAGAGCUUUGGGGAAGGAGGGGAGGCAGCACUCGGGAUGCUGCACCAGGACAAGGCCCUUGGCUGGUUGCUGCUGUGUGGGGCUGGAUCAGGUGCUCGGAGCCCAGCUGGCUCCAGCUCCUCCAGGCACCCCCUGCACCACCCCUGCUCCCCAACACAGCUCAUGCCACCGUCCCCGUGUCUCCCACCACAAGGGAGGGUGUCCCCUUUGUUGGGAACCUCCUUUCCCUUCCCAUCCAUCCACUGCUUUGAGCUUUAUACCUUGAAAAAGCAGCCUCAGUCCCUUGUGUGCACAGGUGGAGGCUUUGGGAGCUUGCUUUGGGGUCUUCAGCUGAGGACAGUCGCUGUCUCCUGAGGGGGAAAGUUCUCCUUUUGAUUUUAAAACUGCUGACAGCAAUACUAUGCAAUAUCUGUUGGUUUUUGUUUCAGGGAGGUGUGCGUGCGUUACCGUGGGAGAUGAUGAUCUGGGGUCUUGAUGGAGUUUGGGGCAGGGUCUUCUUGCCCUUCCACCGAGUGGCAUCUGUGGGUCAGGGAGGGUGGUUUUUCCCCUCUCCAUCCCCCCCCAAAACUGCCUCACACGUGCAGUCUCCUCUCUUCCCCCCCAGUCCCACUGUGCGGGGUGGUGGUGAGGGGACAUCCCCUCAGGCACCGGGAUGCCCUGGAGAGGCCUCCUUUAAAGCAAGACAAAACAAAAUCCAUCUUGAUUGUACAUUACUUUUUUAGAGCUUAUUUUGUUUUAUCAGUUGUAGAUAAUUCCUCGUUGUCUUAUAUUAAGAAAUACUUGAACGCUGGGCAGUG